AUGAAACAAUUAAUUGUGAAUAACGACGAAUUGGAUCUUGCACUGAAUAGCUCAAAGCUAGCUUUGAAGGACUACGUCUGGUCAUUAAAGCAGAAACUGAGAAACUGUUCCAACAAACCCGUUAAAAGACUUGCAUACUAUCCUGCUAUUGUAAUAGAUGACAAGUACAGAGAUAUUGCCGACAAGCUCGGCAUUUCUUUCAAUGGAAGAAUUACAAAUAACAAACCCCUGAGCUCUUUAAAAGGAUCAGAAAUGAAGGGUAUAAUCGAGCUUCUACAAUUUUUCAUUGAAACAGACCACUCAGCGACAUUUGAAACCCAAAGGCAUAUUGUAAAGUACAUUGGGUUGUCUACUUUACGGUUUGACUCACAUGUCCAGCAGGGACGACUAUUGAGCUUACUUCAAAAUCUCUUUGUUUCUACGGCCACAACGAAAAAUGCAAACUUUCAUUACACAAUGCUAAUUAACACGUAUUUCCAUCUUGCAAAACACUACAAAACAAAGCUAAAUUUGCGCAUUUACAGUCUGAUGGAUUUGAUUCAAGACAUAAUAAUGGCUGCCCAUGGGAUCAACUUAGUUAAAGAUAGAUCCAGAUAUGCAGAACUUAUAUCAGACUACAGAUUCAAGCCAAGUCUUAGAGUGGACGAAGCAAUCGAACUCUCAAAGCAGCAGUUGCAACUUCUCCUCUACUAUUUGAUGAAACUUCUAAACACAGUCAUCCAAUUGCUGGACAAUUUUGCAAAACGAAAAUUAAAACCUAGGUUUACUCCGAGAAGGCAAAAACUACAGGCAUUCUUGAUCUUGAACAGAAACAUCGAGCUGCUCCAGCUACUCAAACAAUGCAAAAUAUAG